UCUCUCUCUCUCUCCAUGGAAAACUCAAAGCUUCAUGUUGCAAUACUUUCAAGUCCUGGAAUGGGCCACCUCAUCCCUGUGCUUAAUCUAGGCAACCGCCUCGUCAACCACCAUAACGUUGAGGUCACUAUCCUUGUUGUCUCAACAACUUCAUCACCAGCAGAAUCACAAAUUCUCAAGUCCACGACAAGCCAAAAUCAACUCAAUAUCAUCGAAAUCCCACCGGUAGACAUCUCAAGCCUAAUCGAUCCCAAGACAACAAUGGUCACACAGCUCUGCAUCAUGAUGCGCGCGGCUCGACUGGGCAUCCGGUCCACAAUCGCCGCUAUGAAACGCUGCCCAGAUGUCCUCGUCGUUGACUUGUUUGGAACCGAGGCUUUUCCGAUUGCCGACGAGUUUGGAAUGCCCAAGUACGUAUAUAUUCCGACCAAUGCAUGGUUUACAGCUCUAUCUACAUACUGUCAAGUUCUUGAUAAAGAAAUAGAGGGUGAAUACGUUGAUCAAAAAGAAGCGCUGAAAAUUCCGGGGUGCAAACCUGUUCGACCCGAAGAUGUGGUUGACCCAAUGCUAGACCGGAACAAUCAGCAGUACCGUGAAUACGUACGGCAAGGGAUCGGGUUCACGAUGGGAGAUGCGAUUUUGUUGAACACGUGGGAAGAUCUGGAGUGUACUUCACUCAAAGCUCUGAGGGAAAAUGAGAUACUACGAUCAAUAGUGAAGGUACCGGUUUACACCAUUGGUCCUUUAAAAAGAUCGGCCGAACCGACUGGUUCAAAGAGUCGGUUGAUUGAGUGGCUUGACAGGCAACCCAGUGAGUCAGUGAUUUUUGUAUCAUUUGGGAGUGGAGGGAUGUUGUCGGCUCAGCAAAUUUCCGAGUUAGCCUGGGGGUUGGAGUUGAGCCAGCAGAGGUUUGUUUGGGUGGUGCGUCCACCUACCGAGGGUGGUGCCGAUGGGUCAUUUUUCACCGUAGGGAACGGUUCCGAUGGCAUCCCGGACUACUUACCAGAUGGGUUCUUGACUAGGACCCACAGCGUCGGACUGUUGGUCCCACAGUGGGGCCCACAGAUGGAGAUCUUGAGCCAUCCAUCAGUUGGAGGAUUUUUAUCACACUGCGGAUGGAACUCAACUUUGGAAAGCAUAGGCAGUGGCGUUCCAAUGAUUGCUUGGCCGCUCUAUGCCGAGCAAAGACUGAACGCCACCAUGCUUACGGAGGAGCUGGGCAUAGCUAUCCGGCCGGAAGUGUUGCCAACAAAGAAAGUAGUGGGAAGGGAAGAGAUAGAGAAGAUGGUGAGAACCUUAAUGCAGUACAAAGAAGGAAAGGCAAUGAGAGAUAGAGCCAAAGAACUCAAAUACAGUGCAGAGAAUGCCCUGAGCAAUGAAGGUUCUUCUUACAAAUCAAUUUCUGUGGUCCUUGAGGGGUGCCAGAAGAAAUUACUGUCUCGUAACAAUGUGUAGGUUUGUUACUGUCUCGUAAUCACGUGGUAUUGAGUUUGUAUCGAAUAAUAUAAAUAUAUUAAUCACAAUUCGUAGUGAUUGAAUGAUUAUAUUUGAGAUUCUCAAAUAAACUUAUUAAAAUUUAUUUUGUUUAAUUUAUAAAUUAUAAAUGUUU